GUCACAGAGCAAUUCAUUGGAGGAGAUCCGACUGGAUGGGGGCCCAGUAGUCCCUCCUGCACCCCGCAAGGUGGAGAUGAGACGGGACCCUGUCCUGGGGUUCGGCUUCGUGGCAGGCAGCGAGAAACCUGUGGUGGUCCGCUCUGUCACUCCUGGGGGUCCCUCUGAGGGCAAGCUCAUCCCAGGAGACCAGAUCAUCAUGAUAAACGAUGAGGCAGUCAGUGCGGCCCCCCGAGAGAGGGUCAUUGAUCUUGUCAGAAGCUGUAAGGAAUCCAUCAUGCUGACAGUGGUUCAACCGUAUCCAUCUCCUAAAUCUGCCUUCAUCAGUGCUGCAAAAAAGGCCAAGUUAAAGUCAAACCCAGUAAAAGUGCGCUUCGCUGAAGAGGUCAUUAUCAAUGGUCAGGUGCCAGACAUUGUCAAAGAUAACUCCCUUCUUUUCAUGCCAAAUGUUUUAAAAGUGUACCUGGAAAAUGGACAAACAAAGUCUUUCCGCUUUGACAGCAGUACCUCAGUCAAGGACGUCAUCCUAACUCUGCAAGAGAAACUGUCCAUCACGAGCAUCGAGCACUUCUCCUUGAUGCUGGAGCAACGAGCCGAGGGCUCUGCGAGCAGACUGCAGCUGCUGCAUGAGCAGGAGAUGCUAACUCAGGUGACGCAAAGACCAGGGUCACAUAAGAUGAAAUGCUUCUUCAGAAUCAGCUUUGUCCCAAAGGACCCCAUUGACUUGCUCAGGAGAGAUGCAGUGGCUUUUGAAUACCUUUAUGUUCAGAGCUGCAACGAUGUGGUGCUGGAGCGUUUUGGGCCAGAACUGAAGUACGACACAGCGUUGCGCUUGGCUGCCCUGCAGAUGUACAUCCUCACGGUUACCAUGAAGCAGACUCAGAAGGUGUCCCUCAAGUACAUUGAGAAGGAGUGGGGCUUUUCAUUCUUCCUUCCACCAUCGGUGCUGUCCAGCAUGAAGGAGAAGAACAUCAAGAAAGCCUUGACGCACAUUCUCAAAACAAACCAGAAUCUUGUACCUCCUGGCAAGAAGUUGACAGCUUUACAAGCAAAGGUGCACUACCUGAAAUAUCUCAGCGAUUUGAGGCUAUAUGGAGGGCGUGUGUUCAAAUCAGUACUACUGGGGGAAAAGCACACAGAAGUUACCCUGCUUGUGGGACCCCGCUAUGGCAUUAGCCAUGUCAUCAACCCCAAGACUAACCUGGUGGCUCUACUGGCUGACUUCAGCCAUGUCAACCGUAUUGAGAUGUUCACAGAGGACGAAAAGAAUGUCAGGGUCGAGCUCCACGUCCUAGAUGUGAAGCCCAUCACCCUCUUAAUGGAGUCUAGUGAUGCCAUGAAUCUGGCCUGUCUGACCGCUGGUUACUACAGACUACUUGUGGACUCUCGGCGCUCCAUCUUCAAUAUGGCCAACAAAAGUAAAGUGGGCAGUGUGGACAGUGCCCAGGAAACCAGGGCGAAGUUUAGUACCCAAGGGAUCGAGUGGACAUACAGCACUUCUUUUACUGGCUGCGAAGAUCCUGGUAUCCAGAUGCAUCAGAGAAGCACCCAAGACAAUGACUUCUCAGUUUGUACUGGAAAUGAAAACGAGGUCGCCCCUAUUUACAUCACAGAAGUCCAACAGUCCCAGCAUGUUAUGCAGGCUGGUGACAGAGCAGAGAGAGGCAACAGGAGUGUACACUCCCAGCCCUUUCUUUCUGUGCCAAGAAGUAAACCCCAGGACUCUCCCAGAAGUGCCAAGGUGUCUUUUAUAUUUGGAGAUCCUCCUUUAGAUAGUAUUAACCCCCAGAACCUGGGUUACCAAAGGUUAAUGGAUGAAAGUCCAAUUUUAGAUGAGCAUGGAUCCAUGUAUCUGCAAAACACAGAGGACUUCAAGACCAUGGAUCCAUCUGGAGAUGGGGAAAGUUUGCAGUAUGGUUCCCACCCAGUUUAUGGGAACAUUGGUGAUGCAAAGAUGUUUGGGAACACUGAAGGCAUUGAGGAGCCCCUGCUGAGGGAUAUCUGUUAUGCAGAAACUACGGACGAUGCAGAAGAUGAGGAUGAGGGCAGUUGCGAGGAGGAUAGCGUAGUUGGGGAGAUGGGCAAGACAACUUUCCUCUCACUCUCAGGCUCCAGUGAUGACAUCAUUGACCUGACUUCCCUGCCCCCACCAGAGGGGGAUGAUGAGGAGGACAAUGAUAUUUUACUGCAUUCCCUCAACUUAGCUAUUGCUGCCCCACCUCCUGGUUUCAGGGACAGUUCAGAUGAAGAGGGUACCGAGGGAAAAGGUCCUGGACAAGGAGAAGACAUUCCUGUGUCUCUGAUAGAUGCUGUUCCAACACAAGGGAACGUCGGAAAUGAGAAGGCCCUGGAUGAUGCUGUAGUCUCUACAUUGCAGGCGCUGGAGGCACUGGCUGCAUCUGAAGAUCAAGCUCACUCGCAGUCAGACAGUACUACAGGUGUAGCAAUUUCUCGGGCCUUUAGCCCAGAAUCCUCUUCAGAUUCUGGGAACGAGACUAACUCAUCUGAAAUGACAGAGAACUCUGAGCAAGCAACUGCGCAGAAACUCUCAGAAAACAACAUGCGCCUGUUUGUUGCCACUACCGAAGGGUACCAGCCACUUCUGGAGGAGAAAACAGAGUUUCCUAUAUCUCCUUGCGAGGGUGACCAUGCUCUUAAAAUGCCCGUUGGCCUUUCUGGGCGCCAAGAAGCUGAGUCUACGGCUGUGCCUUCCAAACAGAUGCUUCAUUCUGAGAACAUGGAAAUGGAGCCAGAAACCAUGGAAACUAAAUCAGUUACUGAUUACUUCAGCAAAAUGCACAUGGGCACUGUGAUGACAUCCUGCAACACCAAACAGAAGCUGGGUGAAAUGGACCCCAGGAUGCCGUUCGAUACAAAUACUACUGGAAAACGGCAAGUUAAGAUGGCUGAUGGUAAUGAAUCAAUCACGGCAGCAAAAUACAACACCUUCACAGCCAGGGAUUCUCACCGCAUGAGCCACUUUGAUCUUGAGCGCACAUCAUUUCGUGAAAAGAAUUAUAGAUGGCAGCCAAUGUCUGAAAACAAGAUGGCAGAGAAUCUGGCCUCGGCAUCCACAGGCAGUCGCCCUCUGUCACGUGGUACUCAGGUAAGCAGGGCUGAGUUGCAAGAGGCGGAGCUGGAGGGAAAUGAGAGCAGAACGUCAGCCAGGGGAAAGGAAGAAGGCCUCACACCAGAGACCACGUUCUCUUCGGUUAAGGAUCCAAAUGACCCACAUCAGGUAAACUCCUGCAGUGAGGAUCAGACACAGGCCAAAAUGCCUCCUACUGAGCACACAAUCACUAGGCUCUGUGAGUACCACCUGGCCAAACGGAUGUCCUCCCUACAGAGUGAGGGCCACUUCUCCCUCCAGAGCUCGCAGUGCUCCUCCCUCGAUGCUGGCGGUAGUACAGGGAGCAGUGCUGCCGCCACACCAAUGGAUUCUCCUCUCUGCACUGCUGAUACAAAGCACACACUCUGUGAUUCCUCACUGAAAAGCCUUGGCUAUGCGGGCCCAGAAGACAAAGCCCACAGCACUCCAAGCCAUGGCCCCUCAGGGAAGGAUCUACACCCUAAUGCAGAUGCUACUCUUCUCCGGAAGAUGCUGCCUAACUUACACACAACCCCAGGCUCCGAGCCUGUUUUUGGGGCCUUGCGAGAGGGGGGUCACCGGAUCCCUAAGAUUAAAGAAACUACAGUUUAGCUUGCACAGAGACACUGACGGCAAGAGAAGGAGACCCGCCUUCAGCUUUGCCCAAACAGGUCAAAGCACCUG